UUCUCGUCCCUCCCGGCUUUCCGUUCUUCCAGGCCCGACUGACUGAGAUACCCGAGGCCGCCAUAUUGAAUAAGAAACCCGGCCUCUGAAGGGAUCGGCGACGUGUAGACAAUUCUGCAGGGCAGCCUCGGCGGCUCCAGGGAGAAGCAAUAUGUUAAGGAUACCUGUAAGAAGGGCCUUAGUGAGCCUUUCUAAGGCUCCUAAAGGAUGUGUUCGAACAACUGCCACAGCAGCAAGCAACUUGGUUGAAGUAUUUGUUGAUGGUCAGUCUGUCAUGGUGGAACCAGGAACUACCAUCCUCCAAGCUUGUGAGAAGGUUGGCAUGCAGAUCCCUCGAUUCUGUUAUCAUGAAAGGUUGUCUGUUGCUGGAAACUGCAGGAUGUGCCUUGUUGAAAUUGAGAAAGCUCCUAAGGUUGUAGCUGCUUGUGCCAUGCCAGUAAUGAAAGGUUGGAAUAUCCUGACAAACUCAGAGAAAACUAAGAAAGCCAGGGAAGGUGUGAUGGAGUUCUUACUAGCAAAUCACCCACUGGAUUGUCCUAUUUGUGACCAGGGAGGUGAAUGUGAUCUGCAGGACCAGUCCAUGAUGUUUGGAAGUGAUAGGAGCCGGUUUUUAGAGGGGAAACGUGCUGUGGAGGACAAGAACAUUGGGCCAUUGAUAAAAACCAUUAUGACUAGAUGUAUACAGUGUACUCGGUGCAUCAGGUUUGCAAGUGAGAUUGCAGGAGUAGAUGAUCUGGGAACAACAGGCAGAGGAAAUGAUAUGCAAGUUGGCACAUACAUUGAAAAGAUGUUCAUGUCUGAACUUUCUGGGAAUAUCAUUGACAUCUGCCCUGUAGGUGCCCUGACCUCUAAACCCUAUGCCUUUACUGCUCGGCCUUGGGAAACAAGAAAGACAGAAUCCAUUGAUGUAAUGGAUGCAGUUGGAAGUAAUAUUGUGGUCAGCACAAGAACUGGAGAGGUAAUGAGGAUUUUGCCAAGGAUUCAUGAGGACAUCAAUGAAGAGUGGAUCUCUGAUAAAACCAGAUUUGCCUAUGAUGGGCUAAAACGUCAAAGACUUACCGAGCCGAUGAUCAGAAAUGAAAAGGGGCUUUUAACAUGCACCACCUGGGAGGACGCACUCUCUCGUGUAGCUGGAAUGUUGCAGAGUUUUCAAGGCAACGAUGUCGCAGCAAUUGCAGGUGGCUUGGUGGAUGCUGAAGCCCUAGUAGCUCUCAAAGAUUUACUUAAUAGAGUGGACUCUGACACCCUAUGCACUGAAGAGGUCUUCCCUACCACAGGAGCUGGCACAGAUCUACGUUCCAAUUAUCUUCUUAAUACUACAAUUGCCGGUGUGGAAGAGACAGAUGUUAUCCUCCUGGUUGGUACAAAUCCACGUUUUGAGGCACCACUAUUUAAUGCUAGAAUUCGGAAGAGCUGGCUUCAUAACGACUUAAAAGUGGCCCUUAUAGGCAGCCCUGUUGAUCUCACUUACAGCUACGACCAUCUGGGAGAUUCUCCCAAAAUUCUUCAAGACAUUGCUUCAGGCAGCCAUCCUUUCAGCCAGGUCCUAAAGGAAGCUAAAAAACCAAUGGUGGUUUUAGGCAGUUCUGCACUCCAAAGAAAUGAUGGGGCAGCAAUUCUUGCAGCUGCUUCCAACAUUGCUCAAAAGAUUCGGAUGAGUAGUGGUGUUACUGGUGAUUGGAAAGUUAUGAAUAUCCUUCAUAGGAUUGCAAGCCAAGUAGCUGCUUUGGACCUUGGCUAUAAACCUGGGGUGGAAGCAAUUCGGAAGUACCCUCCCAAAGUGCUAUUUCUCCUGGGAGCAGAUGGAGGUUGUAUUACUCGACAGGAUUUGCCAAAGGAUUGUUUCAUUAUUUAUCAAGGACAUCAUGGUGAUGUUGGAGCUCCUAUAGCGGAUGUUAUUCUCCCCGGCGCUGCUUACACAGAGAAGUCUGCUACUUAUGUCAAUACUGAGGGCCGAGCUCAGCAGACUAAAGUAGCAGUGACACCUCCUGGCUUGGCAAGAGAAGACUGGAAAAUUAUAAGAGCCCUUUCUGAGAUUACAGGUAUGACUCUUCCAUAUGAUACUCUGGAUCAAGUAAGGAACAGAUUGGAAGAAGUCUCUCCUAAUCUUGUUCGAUAUGAUGAUGUCGAAGAAGCUAAUUACUUCCACCAAGCAAAUGAGCUUUCCAAGCUAGUGAACCAACAGCUUCUUGCUGAUCCACUUGUUCCACCUCAGCUAACAAUAAAAGACUUCUACAUGACAGAUUCAAUUAGCAGAGCCUCACAGACAAUGGCUAAAUGUGUCAAAGCUGUCACAGAGGGUGCCCAUGCAGUAGAGGAACCAACCAUAUGCUGAAACAUCUACUAGCACCCAGUUAGUUAAAGGACAGUUACGUUGGCAUGAUCUCUUAGAGGUGUAUCUCUCUAAAAAAUAAUCUAAAUGAUGUAAUAUUUAAGGUUCUACUAUGCUUUAUUUGAAGAUGAUAUUGCAAUUAUCAAAGAACUUUGAAGUUUCCAAACAUUUUUAUGUAUUGUGUGUAAAUGUUAAAUAGUUUAAUAAACAUGUAUAGAUGCCCUUUCAUGUAAAAGCACCGAUAAUCUUUGUGACAUAAAAAAGAAAAUCCUUAAAA